GUUUUAUAAGUGUGUGCAUGAGUGUGGGGGUCAGAGGUUGGUAUCAAUCACUCUCUACCUUAUUUUUUAUGAGGAAAGGCCUUUUGGAACUUGGAAGUCUAGCUAAAAUCAGUACGCUCCAGGGUAUCGCCUGCCUUUGUCCUCAGUACCGAAAUUAUAAGUACACACUGCCACAUAGAGCUGUUUUUACAUUGGUGCUGGGUAUUGAACACAGCCUCGUGUUUACACAGCAAGCACCUUAUCCAUUGAGCUGUCCCUCAAUGGACUUCUUUGUAAAGGACCAGUAGGUUGUUUUCUACAAAAUGAUGUCCCAGAGCUCUAAUCCCUAAUAGCCAUUCUUUGGGGUUUUUUGUUUGUUUGUUUGUUUGUUUGUUUGUUUGUUUGUUUGUUGUUUGAGACAGGGUUCCCCUGACUAUCCUAGAACUCACUCUGGAGAGCAGGCUGGCCUCGAACUCAGAUCUGCCUGCCUCUGCCUCCCAGUGUGAUAGCCAUUCUUCAACUUUGGCUGGCUAUUCUUCAAGCUGUAGCUCUGCUAUUUAUUAACUCUCAAACCUUGGCCAAAUUAUUUUUUUCUUAAAUAUACUUAUCUUUACAUGAAGAUUAAAAACUACUUAUUUCAUAAGGUUUUUGUAAGGACUAAGCAAAUAAAAUAAUCUAUACUUAGCAGUGUGCCUGACACAGAAACUACCCAUCAUUAAUCCUACUUUCUCUGAAAAAAUUAAAAUGUUAAUAGAAAACUUCCAUUCCAUAUCUUACAUUAAAAUUUCCACAGCUUAUUGUUACCAGCCGUUUCUUUUAUCUGUGUAACAUUUGUUUAAGAUUAAAGCAGGAUUUUACAUUAUAGUGUAGUUCUGAGUAAUUAUGCAUUUAAAUAUCUUAAUUGGGGCCUUAAUUAAAGCAUGCACAUAAGCGCAGUUUUAACUUACGUGAGAGUUGGAGCGAUCCCUUAGUUGGUAAGCACGAGGAUGUAAGUGUGAUCCCCAUACCUGGGCAUCCUAGUACGUACUUAGAGUGAUUUCAGUGCCGGGGACUAAUCCUCUGGAGAGACAGGAGGAUCCUGGAGCUCACUGACCCACCAGAAUAGCCAAAUUGGUGAGCUGUCUCAGCAAACAAGGUAGACAGCCAUCUUGAGAAGAAACACAGAGGGUGGACUUCCAGCCUGACCAUGAUUAGAGUGUCUCUUAAAACCAGCCUUGAUUAGUUCCUCAGUACUGACUUUUAAGGAUUCAUUUGCCCUUCAAAAGUUAAUGAAUGGCAUAGAUUUAAAUAGCCAUGAAAUGUGUCUUAAAAGAAUCAGAGACAAACUAAAAGGUUAAGUUUAAAAAUUAAGGAGUGUACAUAAAUAGAAUAACAUGGAUUCUCACUUAAGUCAUAAGUAAAGUGACACUGGAAUGGUCUUAGAACAUCAGGGAGUAAUGCCUGUGGGACGAAGGAAGAGGAAGCUAGAGAGGACUUGGGUGGGGUGUGUGCUCUGGUGUGUGGUGGAGAACCAUCAAACACAACUGUAUACAGCUGGCAGUUUACCAAUUCCCUGUGACACCCUGAACAAAGACUAUCCACCCGAAGAGUCCGCGUAGGUGGCAGCUUUUAGACCUCUUACCAUCUUCUUUGAUUAUUGCUUGGGUCUAUGCUAUGUGAACGAUGUAACCUUGGGUCAGAUGCUGAGGUGAACAUGAAGACAUUGACGGCUGGCAGCCCCAAGCUAAAUGCAUUCUUUUCAAAUAAGCAAGAGCUCUUUCUUGAUGAACUGAGCAAUAUGUCUGCUAAAUGACAAUUCAAAUUUCGAACAACAUACUUUGAAGCUUAUUUAAAGAAUUAUUUCAUUGUGGCACUAAAAAUAUUAAAACAGCUAAAUUGUUAACUUAUGAUUGUAGAUUUAUAAAGUUCAAUGAGAUAUACCUUGAGGUUUAUGCAGUACAGUUUGCAUUGGCUUCUGGAAUGCAGAAUUCUUCCAUUGGAUUGUGCCUGUACUUGAACUGCUUGAUCUCAGUCCUCUGUUCUUCUAAGAAAUGUACACAGACAGCAGGGGUGGUUUUGUUGUUCGUGGUGCUGAGAAUCCAGGGUGCCGCAGAUGCUGGGAACAUAGGCUCUAGCCCUACAGUGACUGUUUUAUAAUUGGUUCUCUUAUUUAGCUACUCAGGUAGUCAGAAGUAUAAAUGAUAACUUUUGAAACUACUUACAUAAUUUUGCUUUUAUAUAAUGGUGCAUUUCUGAGUCAUGCAUGAGCUGACUGUUCAGAAGGUCUUGGUGUGAGAAUGCAGGUUACUGGGGAUAGACACAGUCUGGCACAAUGCAGUCUCCUGGUUUUUAAUGUGCUAAAGGAUAAGGUUUUUAUUUACCUCAUUUAUAUUGUAUCAAGUUUAUUGGUGCACUCAUUAUUAUCAAAUGUUAAAACCAUGUAAGUUGAAGUAUCUGUUAACCAGGAGCUUCAGGAGUGCUUAUGUUGCCGUAAGGAUUUUUUUAUUUGUUGUUUUGUGGAUCUAAUUUUGAGCAACAUAUAAAGACAUUUCUUUAUGUGGCCACCAGGGAGCAUCAACAGAAAGGGAUGAGAGAUACUACUUACGGUCACUUGGAGAAGACCCGAGGAAGGAUAUUGCAGACAUCAGGCAGCAGUUUCCGUCAUUAGGAGAAGAUAUUACCUUUCCAAUGUUCUUCAGAGAGGAACAGUUCUUUUCCAGUGUUUUUCGAAUUAGCUCACCUGGAUUGCAGCUCUGGACUCACUAUGAUGUAAUGGAUAACUUUUUAAUACAAGUGACAGGAAAGAAGCGAAUUACACUGUUCAGUCCUCGGGAUGCACAAUAUUUAUAUUUAUCAGGUUCUAAAUCAGAAGUGCUGAAUAUCGACAGCCCAGACCUGGAUAAAUACCCACUCUUUCCUAAGGCAAGGAGGUAUGAAUGUUCCCUUGAAGCUGGUGAUGUCCUGUUCAUUCCUGCUUUAUGGUUCCAUAAUGUAGUUUCUGAAGAGUUUGGAGUGGGGGUGAAUGUCUUCCUGAAGCACCUUCCAUCGGAAUGCUAUGACACAACAGACACCUAUGGCAACAAAGAUCCUGUGGCAGCAUCCAGAGCCAUGCAGAUCUUGGACAGAGCUUUGAAAACACUGGCUGAGUUACCAGAGGAAUACAGGGACUUCUAUGCGCGCCAAAUGGUCUUACGUAUUCAAGACAAAGCCUACAGCAAGAACUCUGAGUGAAAAAUAAACUAAAUGUAGCAAAAUUUAAAAAUAAAAAGCAGCUCAAGUAUUUGAAAACUAUAACAAAAUAUAAAAUUUAAAGAUACUUUUUAAAAUAGGAAAGAGAAGGCUGAGAUUUAUAGUAUAAAAGGAAUGUACAUCUGAUUUCUACGUGGUAUAUUGAAAAUGCUUAGCAGGACUAUUCUUUAGCUCUAAGAUAUAAAUAAAUAAAAUUCAGAGUUAAUAAAACUAAUCUAUUGAGUCACACUACAUAAAA